CCAUGGGCACUUCCUGGGGCACUUACGAACUGUCUGUUGACCAUCAGGCCCCACUAAAGGACUGGAGUCUGCGGUUGCCUAGAAACGGCGCAAGCCGCCUUCACUCAGUUUUCCGCCUCCGACUUCCCCAAGGGCAUUUCCGGUUCCGGCUGCGGGCCGGAGAAGAUAUGGCGGCGUCUGCGUCGGCAGCAGCAGGGGAGGAGGACUGGGUCCUCCCCUCUGAAGUCGAAGUAUUAGAGUCUAUCUAUCUGGAUGAACUACAGGUGAUUAAAGGAAAUGGCAGGUCUUCACCAUGGGAGAUCUACAUAACUUUGCACCCUGCCACUGCAGAGGACCAGGAUUCACAGUAUGUCUGCUUUACUCUGGUGCUUCAGGUCCCAGCAGAGUAUCCCCAUGAGGUGCCACAAAUCUCUAUCCGUAAUCCCCGAGGACUCUCAGAUGAACAGAUCCACACGAUCUCACAGGCGCUGGGCCACGUGGCCAAGGCUGGGUUGGGCACUGCCAUGCUCUAUGAACUCAUUGAGAAAGGGAAGGAAAUUCUCACAGAUAACAACAUCCCCCACGGACAGUGUGUCAUCUGCCUCUAUGGUUUCCAGGAGAAGGAGGCCUUUACUAAAACGCCCUGUUACCACUACUUCCAUUGCCAUUGCCUUGCUCGGUACAUCCAGCACAUGGAGCAAGAGCUGAAGGCACAAGGACAGGAACAAGAACAGGAACGGCAACAUGCUGCAACCAAACAGGCAGUCGGUGUGCAGUGUCCAGUGUGCAGAGAGCCCCUCGUGUACGACCUUGCCUCACUGAAAGCAGCCCCUGAACCCCAACAGCCCAUGGAGCUAUACCAGCCCAAUGCAGAGAGCUUGCGCCAGCAAGAAGAGCGCAAGCGGCUCUACCAGAGGCAACAGGAGCGGGGAGGCAUCAUUGACCUUGAGGCUGAGCGAAACCGGUACUUCAUCAGCCUUCAGCAGCCUCCUGCCCCUUUGGAACCUGAGUCAGCUAUAGAUGUCUCCACAGGAUCCCACCCACCCAGUGCCCUUGCUGCAGAACUGUCCACCUCAACAACUGCCCAGUCUACCCUGCCAACUCCUCUGCCUGUGGCCACUCAGUACAUGUGUGAGAAGACUCAAGGGGCUGGGCCACCUCAGAGGUUGGGCGAGACCCAGAAAGCUAUGCUAGAUACCCCCCAGCCCACUCGAGGCCCCUGGCGACAGCCCGAACGGAGGCACCUGAAGGGAGGGCAAUGCUGUGCCCCCAAAGGUACCAGUAACACCCAGGAACUGCCACCUCCUGAGAGGCCCCUCAAAGAGUCCAUGGACCUAAAGCUAGGACCCCAUAACCAAGGGGUUGAAGGUCCUCCCCAAGAGAAGGGGCCCAGCAGCUGGCAGGGUCCCCCACCCCGCAGGACUCGGGACUGUGCUCGCUGGGAGCGCUCCAAAGGCCGGACACCAGGUUCUUCCUACCCCCGCCUUCCUCGGGGCCAGGGAGCAUACCGGCCUGGUACUCGGAGGGAGCCCCUGGGCCUGGAAUCUGAGGAUGGUUCCUAGCAGUACUGUGGGGGGACAGGGAGUUGGGGAUGGGAGGGGGGCAAUAAAGAUAUUUGGCCUUGUUUGGCUUUCUUCAUUCAGCAG